UAACAAAUGGUUUAAGCUAAAAGUUUAUGCUUAUUUAAAUGGCCAUCGUUUAACUGCAUUCGCUCUUAGCUGCAACAGUUUCCAAAAACCUAUGGAGACCUUCUGUUUUAUGUUUGUCAGUGCUAAUUUCCUACUUCUCUUCUCUAAAUACUCAAAUGCUACUGAGAACAUUACUUUGUCUGAUUCUAUUAUUGAUGGCACCAAUAGCACCUUGGUUUCGAAAGAUGGAAAAUUUGAAUUUGGUUUCUUUAGUCCUGGAAAAUCCAGCAACCGAUAUUUGGGAAUUUGGUACAAGGCAAUUCCUACAACUGUUGUUUGGGUUGCAAACAGGCGCAAUCCAAUCAGUGAUACUUCUGGUAUUUUGAUGAUGAACAGCACGGGAAAUCUUGUACUUGUUAGUGGGAACAAGAGUGUUGUUUGGUCGUUGAACUUGAACAAAGUAGCCCAGAAUCCAAUAGUUCGGCUCUUAGAUUCUGGGAAUCUGGUCUUAAGGGAUGAAAAAGAUACAAAUUCUGGAAACUAUUUGUGGCAAAGUUUUGACUAUCCAUCUGAUACGUUACUUCCAGGGAUGAAGCUUGGAUGGGACUUGAAGACUGGCCUUGAUCGCCGCCUAUCAGCAUGGAACAACCCGGAUGAUCCUUCUCCUGCAGACUUCACUUGGGGAAUAGUGCUAAAUGGUAAUCCUGAGGGAUAUAUCUGGAAGGGCUCCGUGAAAUAUUAUCGGAGUGCUCCAUGGAAUGGCCUUGGCAACAGUGGUUCGCCAUCUUUGAAGGAAAACCAGCUCUACGAGUUCAGUUUUGUUGAUAAUGAAAACGAGGUGUACUACAUGUACAACCUGAAAAACAAAUCUGUAAUCUCAAGGAUUGUUCUGAAUCAAACCGGUUAUUCGCGUCAGCGUUACGUUUGGAAUGAAGAAACACGAACUUGGAAGCUGUAUUCAUCUGUGCCAAGAGAUGCCUGUGACGCAUACGGCCUCUGUGGUCCCUAUGGAAAUUGCAUCCCUACUGAGUCGCCAGUUUGUCAAUGCUUAAAGGGUUUCACUCCAGCUUCGCCAGAAAAUUGGAAAUCAGCAUUCUGGUCUGACGGUUGUAAAAGAAAUAAUUUAUUAAAAUGUGAGAAUGGAGAGGGAUUUGUAAAAUUUGUUGGGUUGAAACUGCCAGACACUACACAUUCAUUUGUGAACAGGAGUAUGAAUCUUAAGGAAUGCAGAGUUACAUGUUUACAAAACUGUUCAUGUACGGCAUACACCACCUUAGAUAUUAGAGGACGCGGCAGCGGCUGUGCUAUUUGGUUUGGUGAUCUGAUUGAUAUGAGACUGUCUGCGUCUGGGCAGGAUUUAUAUAUUCGUAUGUCUGCUUCUGAUUUAGAGGCGAAGGUUGAGGCUAAGGUGAAGAUACCAGUGAUAAUUGCAACUACCAUUGCUAUAGGUUUUGGGAUGCUUAUCAUCGGCUACUAUAUUCGCAGAAGCAGAGCAAACUUAAGAGAGAAAACAGAAAACAAGGAAAAUGAUGACCAGGAGCAAGAUGAACAACCAGAAGACUUGGAGCUACCAUUGUUUGAUCUAAUUGCAGUAAGUAAUGCGACCAACAAAUUUUCCAUUGAUAACAAGCUAGGAGAAGGUGGUUUUGGACCCGUUUACAAGGGUACACUAGAGGACGGACAAGAGAUUGCUGUGAAGAGGCUAUCUAGGAGUUCUGGACAAGGAUUGAAAGAGUUCAAAAAUGAAGUAAUUCUGAUAGCCAAACUUCAACACCGAAAUCUCGUAAAGCUUCUUGGUUGCUGCAUUCAAGGGGAUGAGAAGAUGCUGAUUUAUGAAUACAUGCCCAAUAAAAGCCUAGACAACUUCAUUUUUGAUCAAAUGAAAGGUAAACUGCUUGACUGGUCCAAGCGUUUCAACAUUAUUUGUGGGAUUGCUCGAGGACUUCUCUAUCUUCAUCAGGAUUCCAGAUUGCGAAUUGUACAUAGAGAUCUCAAAGCGAGUAAUAUUUUACUGGAUCAAGAGAUGAACCCCAAAAUUUCAGAUUUUGGCAUGGCUAAAACUUUUGGAGGAGACCAGACUGAAGGAAACACAAACAGAGUAGUUGGAACUUAUGGUUACAUGGCACCAGAAUAUGCAAGUGAUGGAUUAUUCUCUACAAAAUCUGAUGUCUUUAGUUUCGGUAUCUUGCUGCUAGAGAUAAUCAGUGGAAAAAGAAGCAGAGGAUUUUAUCAUCCAAGCCGUGGUUUAAACCUUAUUGGACAUGCAAGUGUCGAGGGUUUUUGCCUUUUUUUUUUUUUUUUCUUCCAUUUUCUGGUAAUUGUACCUAAUUAUUGACUCAAGAAUCCUGAUAUGUUCUAGGCAUGGACAUUGUGGAAAGAAGGCGAGCCAUCAGGACUGAUUGAUCCAUUCUUAGAACAGUCGUGCAAUCUGUCAGAAGUGAUACGAUGCAUCCAGAUUAGUCUGUUAUGCGUUCAACAACAUCCUGAGGAAAGGCCAAGCAUGGCAUCUGUUGUUUUGAUGUUGGGUAGUGAGAAAGAAUUGCCUCAGCCCCAGAAACCUGGUUUCUUUAAGGAUAGAGGUCCUACUGAAGCGAAUUCUUCAUCAGACAAGCUCGAAUCAAACUCAACCAAUGAAAUCACCUUCUCAUUGGAGGCUCGAUGAAGGACUUACUAAUUUUAUCCCUCGCUGAUUUGUUCUUUGCUCACCGAAUGCUGUUUCGUAAUCAAACAUUUAGCAGCACUUGUUAAUUCCAUUAUCAUCAUUAUACGAGUUAGGACCCAAUAUUUUACCUAGGCUUUGCAAGCUACUGUAGU